UAUUAUUUUCUGUUAAAAAUAAGUAUGUGUGAAUAUUUUAAUUUAGAAUUGAGCACAAAAAAUGUUUCUUUGGAACGUUUAUCUCUGGAGCUGAAACACCAAUAUUUUAAAUAAACAUUGUUUGAUUAUUUUCGUAAAAUACUGCAGUCCAUUCAACGUUUUUGGAUGAUAAGGUGAUAAAAUAAAAUGAAAAAAAAGCCAGAACGCGAUCUCAGUGAACUAGUGUAUAUAUUUUAAUACAAUAAAACUAUCUUAAUUGAUGAAUUAAAGUUCAACAGCUUGAUAGAACGAAUAAAACAUGGAGUUUCCCUCGAUUAACAAUUACAAUUCUUCAGUUCAAAAUUCUAAUUUAGUUAAUCUGGAAGAAAAUUUGAUAUGGAAUAAUCCAGAAUACAUACCACCAGAAAAUUUUCUUCCCAGCGAAGAUCCAGUAUUAAAUGAACAAUUUAAUGAACAAUUCAAUGGGGGUGAGUUCAGGGAGACGAGGACUGAGAUGACAGAUGGUUCUGGCAAUGGAUUUGGUGUUUCAACGGUAAAUUUUGACAAUGUUGAAGAAAUUGUGUGGACUGGGAAUCAGGGUGGUCAUGUGACAUCCUAUUACGGUCCACUUUUACAGAAAUAUACAUCCUUUCAAGUACACUCCAAGGAUGAAGUGCGUCAAAUUCGAUCCAUGGACAACGCAAUCCUAGCAUUGACUCGAAACUCUUUAAGAUUUCAAAGCAGAAGAGGCCUGCCUAUCUAUACCCAUACCUCAGCCAAUAUGAUUGAUAUGCAAUGUCUGCUGUGCUAUUCUCCCACUAGUAUACUGAUGGGAGGCCACCAAGAGAGUAUAAUAGAUUACGAUUUGGAAGCCAACAAGGAAAAAAGAGUGGUUGAAGUGGGCGAAAAUGGCUGUGCUAUGCUGAGACAGCACACUAGAUUUAUUUGCGCUGGAAAUGCGUUCGGUAGGAUAGAGUUUAAGGACCCUGUAACAUUAAAAACAGAGCAUGGUUUGGAUACACACAGUGGCUCUCUGAGUGAUUUUGACGUUCAAGGUAAUUAUCUUGUAACUUGUGGAUUCAGCAACAGUAGGCAGGGCCUAUCGGUUGACAGAUUUUUGAUGGUAUAUGAUUUGAGACAAAUGAAAGCAAUCACUCCACUACCAACAUUGACUUAUCCAUUGCUGCUUAAAUUUUUGCCAACUUAUUCCGCUAGGAUAUUAGUUGUUUCACCAUUGGGACAAAUGCAAAUACUUGAUACAAUAUAUGCCAAUGCACAAUCUUCAGUUACUUGCCUGUAUCAAGUUGCUACUGGUGGAGCAAUGAUACUGUCAGUAGAUGUUUCCAUGACGUCUCAGUGUGUAUGUUUUGGUGGAGCUGUUGGUUCCAUACACUUGAUGUCAUCUAAUGUAGAACCUCAAUUUAAUUCAUACUCAAGGUCAACUGAAUUUGUUGAUACAGAUGAUACUGUACAAUCCAUUGAUAUUAAUGAUGGCAGCAUACCACUAAGUGUAAUGCCAAUAGCAUACAAUAUGAAUCCAUUGUUAAGUGAUUGGCCUGAAGAGUUUUCUAAAAAAGUUUAUAGAAGAACGCCAGCAGUAGAUGCUGAUAUUCUUAAAACAAUGAAAAUGCAGGGCUCCAUUGGAUAUGCUCCCAAUCAUCAUAGAAGACAGAAACAACAAAUUAUUUCUGCAUAA